AUGUCCCAACCUGAAUUAAAAAAAUCAAAAGUCGAUAUAAGCAAAACCAUCACAGUUUUACCAGGUGAUCAUGUUGGUGAAGAAGUUUGUAACGAGGCGAUCAAAGUCUUACAAACUAUUGAGGAAACUACCCCAUACAGAAACAUUAAGUUCAAUUUGCAAAAACAUUUGAUAGGUGGUGCUGCAAUUGAUGCUACUGGUAAUCCAUUACCAGAUGAAUCUUUGGAGGCUGCAAAAAAUUCUGAUGCUGUCUUAUUAGGUGCUGUCGGUGGCCCAAAAUGGGGUACCGGUUCCGUUAGACCUGAGCAAGGUUUAUUGAAAAUCAGAAAGGAAUUGAACUUAUAUGCUAAUUUGAGGCCAUGUAACUUUGCAUCCGAUAGUUUAUUAGAAUUGUCUCCAUUAAAGUCUGAGAUUGUGAAGGGUACUGAUUUUACUGUUGUUCGUGAAUUAGUUGGUGGUAUCUAUUUCGGAGAAAGACAAGAACAAGCAGAAUCAGAAGACAAGCAGACUGCAUGGGAUACUGAAAAGUAUUCUACGGAAGAAGUGACUAGAAUUACUAGAAUGGCAGCAUUUAUGGCAUUGCAACAUAAUCCACCAUUACCAAUUUGGUCUUUAGAUAAGGCUAAUGUUUUGGCAUCUUCAAGAUUAUGGAGAACAACUGUUGAUAAAGUUAUGUCUGAAGAAUUUCCACAAUUAACAAUUCAACAUCAAUUAAUUGAUUCAGCUGCUAUGAUUUUGGUUCAAUCUCCAACUAAGUUAAAUGGUAUUAUUAUCACUUCUAAUAUGUUUGGUGAUAUUAUUUCUGAUGAAGCAUCUGUUAUCCCUGGGUCAUUGGGGCUCUUACCUUCUGCUUCUUUGGCUUCGUUGCCAGAUACUAAUUCCGCUUUUGGUUUGUAUGAACCAUGUCAUGGUUCAGCUCCAGAUUUGGCAGAAAACAAAGUUAAUCCAGUCGCUACCAUAUUAUCCCUAGCAAUGAUGUUAAGAUUAUCUUUGGAUUGUGUACCAGAAGCUGAAGCUUUGGAAAAGGCAGUCGGUCAAGUCUUAGAUUCGGGAAUAAGAACAGGAGAUUUACGUGGUUCAAGCCCCACUAAAGAAGUAGGUGAUGCGAUUGCGGAAGCAGUCAAGAAGAUAUUGAAGCAAUCAGUCUAG